CGUUAGGCAAUACCGGUAGUAUCAGCUUGAAUCUGACGCAAACCUUCCUGAAUGGUAUGUUUACCUCGCGCCUUGCUGUGAUCGUGCAUUCCGAUCAACGUUUUGUCUGAUACUGUUUUCAACGAUUAGAGGACAUUGACAGUCUAGUAGGCAGGUCUCGUCUUGAAUAACAAUUAACCGUGCGGAAGUAAGAUCAAGGUGAAAAUGAAUACAGGUCAGCUUGUACUGCUGUGUGCAACAUUCUGCAUGCCCAUUAUGGUCAACGUCCUAGAUGCAAAGGAACGCAAGAAUUGCUAUGAAAUCCUGGGUGUAGAGAGACAUGCUACCGCCAAGCAGAUCAAAAAAGCAUUUCGUAAAUUGGCAAUGAAGUACCACCCAGACAGGAACAAGGAAAAAGAUGCGGAAGAAAAAUUCAAGGAGAUAGCGCAUGCAUACGAAAUCCUUUCCGAUGAAGACAAGAGGAAGAAAUACGAUCAGUUUGGAGACGCUGCAUUUGAGCAAGGGGGAAGCGGCGGACACCACGGUUUCCACGACAACUUCAACAUGCACGACUUCUUCCGCCACUUUGACGACGCUUUUGCCUAUCACGCGCACAGUCACCAGCAGAGCCAUAAACAGGCUCACGCUCGGCACAUGCCUGGAGGAUUUAAGUUUAACUUUGGAGAUGGUUUCAUGAAUUUAGACGACGUCUUCUCCGACAUGGGCAGUGCAGAGUUUGAGCAUGGACGAGGAGGUCCUUUUGGGCACGAAGAGUUCGACACGUUCGGCGAUGGAAACUCUUUCUUCGGCAACCACUUUGGAAGCAUGCGGGAACAGCACUUCACGCAACAGCAGUCUAGUGGUGGAAAUCGUUGUAGAACUGUGACACAGAGGGUGGGCAACAUGGUGACAACAUACACGCAGUGUUCGUAGACAGCGUCUAUGCGAGCAUCUUGGACUGCUGUUCUCAGUACAUUUUCUCACUUUAUAAAACGGCGCGGUCUUUUUACAGUUUUCAAGUGUUCCUGAACGUUAUACUCGCAGAGGUCGACAGCCUAGACUGGAUCUUGCCUUGUUAAGCAGUUGCUAGUGGAAGUGCUAUAGACUGUGUACUGUGAUUCUGCCUUGUUAGGUGCUUUAUCUUUUGUUCCUAGAGUUAACUUUUAGCAAUCAUACUUCAAAAAUCUGAAAAUCUGACAUGCUGUUGUGACUUCAGAAUGCACUUUUUCCCUUUCUUUUUUAUUUGCCACAGAACGCUGGAUAGAAGAUACAUCUUGUCUUGACCAAAGAAAAUCAAUUGCAGUUUGACCAUUACGGUGCAUGUUCUGUUGUUCCAUGCUGUACAAAUAUUGCAUAUUUUUACUCUGUACCUUAGGGGCAGCUACAGUAUUUAUUUGCAGCUUAAGUUCCUGUGCUGUCUCUAGAGCAAUGCAUUUAUGUACAUAAUGUCUAGCUCGCUGGCAACGAAAGGAAUAGGUGAUAUGUACAGAUCUAGCUUGAAGUAUGAACACUGCAUGAUUUGAAAUUUUUGCAAACUUGUAUAGUACCUUCGUGGCAUGAUUUCAAGGUUGUGCAUAAGUAAUUUUGUAAACAAGCUUUCAUUUUUAGGGUAAUCAAUGUACAUAUUGUAAGUAAAGUAUUUAAAUUGCU